GCUAGGGUGGGGGACAGAAACUUGAGCCCAAGCAGCCCCGCCCCCCCGCAGCGCUCCGGAGAGACUGCGUGGAGGGGAGGCAAGCACCAUGGGGAACGCGCAGGAGCGACCUUCAGAGACCAUCGACCGCGAGCGGAAGCGCCUGGUGGAGACGCUACAGGCCGACUCGGGGCUGCUGCUGGAUGCGCUGCUGGCGCGGGGCGUGCUCACGGGGCCCGAGUACGAGUCGCUGGACGCGCUGCCCGAUGCCGAGCGCCGGGUGCGCCGCCUGCUGCUAGUGGUGCAGAGCAAGGGCGAGGCCGCCUGCCAGGAGCUGCUGCGCUGCGCCCAGCGCACCGUGCGCGCGCCCGACCCCACCUGGGACUGGCAGCACGUGGGCCCCGGGUACCGCGACCGCUACUACGAUCCUCCAUGCCCAGGGCACCCGACUCCCGCAUGCCCUGGGCUGCCCCGAGCGUCCGACAAUGAUGGGACGCGGGGACCUGAGGGCCCCGAGGCAGGGAUAUCGGGAACCGUCGGGGAGCCGGAGCGGGAAGCUGAGACACUUGACGGGAUUGAGCCGGAGUCGGAAUCUCAAACGGAUCAGGAUCUGGAGCCGGAACCCGAAGAGUCAGAGCCGGCACAAGAGCCAGAAGCCGAACCGGAGCCGGAACCUGAAGAGCCCGAGCCCGAGCCGGAGCCGGAACCCGAAGAGCCUGAGCCAGAGCCGGAGCCGGAGCCGGAGCCGGAGCCCGAGCCCGAGCCCGAGCCCGAGCCAGACUAUUCCGAGCCAGACUACGGGGCUGGGGAUGAGUCAGAAGAUUCCUGAAUGCCUCCGUGCUGCCCGGCCUGGACUCCAACGAGGCCUUAUCUGCCCAGGGCCGCUGGAUGGAAACUCACUCCCGAGGGACCACUUGGCUCUGCCCAAGAACUCCAGUGUGACCUGGGCAGCCGUGUGCCCCCUGCCCCAUUCUCAGCUCCAAAUUGUCCACAACAUAUUGGGAUCCCAGCCCCAAGCCCCCGUAGGACAAGAGUCUGCCUCCUGCAGCCUCCUCCAUGGCCCUUUCCUCCCUCAUGGCCUUUCGGGGGCCUGGCACCGAGAGCGAGGAAAUGGACCCCUCCCUCCCACAUCGGGAGGCCUGGAGCUCAUCCCCUGGAAGUGAAUCUAGGAGAGGGCUCCAUGGUGAGGCACAUGCCUUGCAAGUGUGAGAGGCUCUGGGUGGGGCGGGGGGGAAUGGAGGAGGAGGGAGGAUCUUAGGGGAGCCGAGCACACACACAUCACUGUAACCUAUUUUAAUUGACUGGCUUCUCUUGGGACAGAGCUCGGGGAGGGUUCUGACCGGUACAUAUACAUUCGCUAAAUG